AUGGGCCGAAGUAGCGGCAGUCACACCUGGCUCCGCAUGGUCCCAGGCAGUUCCAGACAGCUUCCCUGCAACUUGCUGCGGACCUUGGAGGUCUUCCCGAGUUCGGAGCUCACCUCGCUCAGAAGCUCUGGGGAGGCCGUCUACGCGCGUCUCUCCUUGGAUCCGGAAGCUUUGGAGGAGGAUGAGGAAGGUCAAUGGCAUCUUGAUGUUAUCUUGGGCUCGGACAACGACUUGUACUGGCAGCCACCGGUGCCUCCAGGCCUCAGCGCGGAUGCAGUGCCAUCAGUCAUGGUAUGCCUUCGAAGUGCUUCUGGCGUCAGCAGCCUUGAGCUUCGAGACGACCUGUGCGCGGACUGGGGUGAACCUCGAGAUCCCCUUGGGAAUCUGUUAUCGCCAGAGUCCCCUGCUUUCCGAGGGGUUCAGGUGCCUCAACCUGCUCCCAAGCGCGGCGAAGCGCUUAAGCCGAGCCUGGAUUUUCAGCUGCAGGUUAAGGACUUGGCGUUGUACGCUCCCUCUGGGCCCAAAGCCCUGGCGAUACAUGUGCGCCCAGAUCAGCUGAGCGUUGCGGGAAGUAGGCUCCAGCUGUCCUUGGGCCACGGCCACGCCAUGAAGUUCUUCCAAAACUUUCCGAGCUCCAAGCAAUUCCAAGCCCAGCCUUCGCGGCGACUUCGCGGCGCCAUGAAUACCGUGCGCGGCAUAGCGGCAGCCACAGCUGCUUCGCCCACGGCGCGCUAUGUGGCCAUUGGUAUUUUGCUGGGCGUCAGCGGAGUGAUUUAUGCCAUGCGUCGCUCUGGCACCCUAUGGAUUUUGGGCCUGAUGCUGGCCUUGCUGCUGGAACAGAGCUACUUUCUGCACGAUUGGUUUCUGGAUUUGGCACCGCACUUAGGAUGCCCUCCAGAUGUGGUCUGGCGACGCUCCUUGAGACGUCCGUUGGCCGCCCUAACCAUCGAUGACGUGCCGCUGUUGAACUCCCCUUCCACCCUGGAGGCCAUUUUGGAUGUGCUGAAGGAGAACCAGGUGCACGCCACUUUGAUGAUCAUGUCUGGCUUUGAUGUGGCGGUUGAGCAUGGUGGUGCCAGCCCGGAACUUCGGAAGAGAUACCGCGAGUUAUUGAAGCGCGCAGUAACAGAGGGUCACGAACUCGGCAAUCACUUGCAAUUCGACCGUCCUGCAAUUGCGAUGGCCGCCGAUGACUUCGACCGUGC